AUGAGUUCCUCUACUGCUGCUAUUUUAUAUUCCAUCACGGUGUCGGUGCCUCCGGUUUCCGCGGGCCCCGAAGAUGCGAAGGAGAAGAGCCAUCAUGCUUCGAAUGGAUACGUCAAUCCCUGGGACUCUUGGACAGGAGGACCGACUUUCCAGAAUAUCCUGAAAUUACUUAGUCGUCAAAUCACCGGAAAGGGCCAUCGACCAGACACAACGCCUCCAACUGUGCCCGUUCAAAAACCAGAGUUCCUAUCCUCGCGGGAAACCCCCGGCCUGCGCGCAACCUGGCUAGGCCAUGCCUGCUACUACGUUGAGUUCCCCGGCGGGCUUCGGGUCUUGUUCGACCCUGUGUUUGAGGAUCGGUGUUCCCCGUUCUCGUGGCUAGGUCCGAAACGUUACACCGAGAUGCCCUGCGCGAUCCAGGAUCUGCCGACCAUCGACGCGGUGGUGAUCUCGCAUAACCAUUACGAUCAUCUGUCCUACCCGACCAUCAAGGAGAUCUCGAAACGCCAUCCCAACUGCCACUUUUUCGCCCCCCUCGGCAACAAGAAAUGGUUUGCCGAAUCGGGCAUCCAUAACGUCACGGAACUCGAUUGGUGGGAGCAGCGCGAUAUUUCUCUCUCCCCGUUGGAGACGUCGGCGACGGAAGUGAGCGCACCUGGUGCGAGCACUGGCUCAGGCCCGGCUGAUAUCCAGGCGCGCAUCAGCUGUUUGCCCUGUCAGCAUACGACCAACCGAGGAUUGUUUGAUCGCUGUAAGACAUUGUGGGCUUCGUGGUCUGUUGAAUCCGGAGGCCGCAAGGUAUAUUUCGCUGGGGACACCGGAUAUCGAACCGUCCCGGAACUACCUGAUCACGUCGACGACCACGCCGAGGAAUAUACAUUCCCAUCAUGUCCUGCUUUCAAACAAGUUGGCCAGCACCGAGGUCCUUUCGACCUAGGCUUGAUCCCGAUCGGCGCCUACAAGCCUCGCUUUUUCAUGAGUCCCAUGCACGCGGAUCCGCAUGACGCAGUUCAGAUCUUCCAGGACACCAAGUGUCGCAGAGCGCUGGGCAUGCACUGGGGUACGUGGGUCCUGACCGAGGAAGAUGUUCUGGAGCCUCCGAAGCUGUUGAAGGAGGCUUUGAAGAAACAUGAGAUCCCGGAAGAGGGGGUCUUUGAUGUAUGUGAUAUUGGAGAGAGUCGGGAGUUCUAG